AUGGCAUGGGAAACUUGGGAAAUGUGGAUACGCGAAGGGCACAAAAUGGUACAGAAAAAGAGGUGGUUAUGGAGACACCUGAGAGGAGUUGAGAUGCAUGGGAUUAUUGUUACUUGGAAUUGUAGAGGUGCUGCGAGCAAAGAUUUCUUUAGGUUUAGUAAAUAUUACACUGAUAUUUACAAACCUGAGAUUCUUGUGAUAAUGGAAACUCGAUGUAACCCUAAAAAGCUUCAUGGGGCUCUCAAGAAGUUGGGGUUUCAAUAUUUCCUGCAUGUUGAUAAUGUUGGCUUCUCAGGAGGUAUUUUGGUAGCAAGUAAGGAAGAGAAUAUAAAGGUAAGUUUGAUCAGUAGUGGAGAUCAGUAUAUCCAUUUGCAAGCCCACAAUAAAAAUGGGCAAGAGUGGGUAUUUAUUGUGGUGUAUGCUAGUCCCAAUGAAGGAAAGAGAAAAAUUCUAUGGGAGAAUUUGAAAAAUAUAGCGAAUGCCAAUAACAAUAAUCCUUGGCUUGUGGCGGGAGAUUUCAACGAUAUUGCCUUUGCCAAUGAAAAAAAGGGAGGGGGGCUAGCUUCUGCCAAAAAAUGUGGUAUUUUUAGAGAUAACAUGGAUAUGUGCAACUUAUCGGAUCUUGGUGCUAAUGGGCCUCGUUUUACUUGGAGAGGACCGAUUUAUCAUGGUGGGCAGAGGAUUUACGAAAGAUUAGACAGAGCUAUUGGUAAUGAGGAAUGGCGGUUGAUGUUUGCUGAUGUGCAGGUGAAAGUUUUGACUAGAGUCAGUUUUUCAGAUCAUCAUCCAAUUAUGAUUGCUUUGACUGGUAGUAUUAAUGAGAGGAUUCCUAAGCCUUUUCGUUUCGAAAGUGCCUGGUGGUGGAUAAUAGUUAUGUUGAUAGAUUGA